AUGGCAAAAAAAGACGGAUGGAAUGAAAUCGCUGAAAAAUUCGGCAUAACCAACGACGAGGCUUAUAAAAAAUUUAGAAGCCUAAGAACAUACGCACUUAAUGAGCAGAAAAAAAAUAAAAGCGGUAGCGCUGGUGGUAGAAUCGUGAAAUGGUUUGCUUAUGAUGCAAUAUCGUUUGUUUAUAACCAAAACACCGCGAAUACAGGAUUAGACAGUGAAAAUGCAACACCUAAUGUGGAAACUGCAAACACUGACGACAGUGCUGGCCCAGAAGAAGUCGUGAAUACAGAUACAACUGACUCUGUAGAAAUCUUAGAUACUAGUCCAAAACCACGUACUAAGAGACCUAAGACUGUAGAUCCAUUAUUAGAAAAGGCUCAAAACAUUAUACGUGGUGCUGGUGAAACAAAAAGAAAUGAAUAUGCUGGUUUCGGAGAGCAUAUAGCAAACAAGCUAAGCAAAUAUGACGAUUACACCCGUGCUCAAGCAGAAUUAAAAAUUAUGCAAAUUUUGUUCGAAUGUGAUAUGUCUAUGCACAGAACUCGACCUUUGUCUCGAUUUACACCAAGUCCUAACAGUAGUAGAGGUGGAGCUAGCACAUCACAAAGCCAAUAUUCUGACAUUUCCAUACUACCACGUCAAAAUAAUAUCCAGUAUGUUAUUGUUCCUAACUCUCAAGAUGUUAAUACUUCAAUUCAAACUCAGUCAGAGCAAAAUACUUUACAGCAUGUUUUGGAUAAUCAGUCUCAAGUUCCUCAGUCGACUACUUAUGAAGAACUUGUGUCAUAUACUCUCCAGUAUGAUGAAUCACAAAAGUAAAAAUUAUUACUACCUAAGAUGUACUAAGUACCUACCUUGGUAACAUAACAAGUUUCUUCGGGAAAGUUGUUCAGUUCCAUGGUCUGAACUCUGAACUCAUGUCGAUGAUGAUUGAUGAUGAUUUAUUACUAUUAUUUUUAUAAUUAGAGUUAAGUAGGUAUAAUUAAGUACACCUUAUGAUUAUAAUAACAUACCUACAUAAUAAACCAAUGUCAACUUACCUUGAUGUAUUCUUUUAAUCCUUCUAUCAAAGCUGCACUAACCUCUGGAACUAUAACAGAAAUCGAAGCAUCUGACACUCUGAAUAGAUACAUCAAGCUUUUAAAUGAAUCUCCAGUUGCCAAAUAACGUAGAGUUAUCGCUAAUCUUGUGGUAACCGGUAUUGCGUUCCUCAUGUUUGUAUCAUUUCUUUUUAUUUUCGGUCCGAUUUUAUUUAAAAUAUACUCGAAGUCACUCUUUGACAUUCUAGAAAAGUUGUCAAAUAAUUUUUUAUCAAGCAUUAAUUCUUGACAUAAAUUGUCUACUGUUUCACGCCUAUUGAAGUAAGGUCGAAUCCACAUUC